UUUCACCAUUUCAUGUACGGGAGAGUGUGGGCAAGUUUUAGUUUGUCAUUCGAUUGUGCUAAAUUUGGUUAAAAUAUUUUUAGCUUAGAUUGUAGAUUUGUUUGGGAAACGUAGUCAUGAUUUUGAGACAAUUUCUUGACUGGUUUUGGAAUCCGGAUGUCUGGUUGCCACCAGGAUUCGACUGGAAAGACAUCGUUCCUACGAAGGAAGUUAAAUAUGCGGUGCCAUACGACCUGCUUUACGCGAUUCCUAUCGGAAUUUGUAUGGUUUUUGUGAGAUAUUUUCUAGAGAGAAACUUAUUUCACCCACUUGGCCAACUACUCGGAAUAAAGGAGCAAAAAAAGCUUCGUCAACUUCCACCGAAUCCUGUGAUAAUUUAAUUAUCGAUAAUCGAUAAUCUCGUCGAUAAACUGUGAUAAUUUAAAUUCAUGUAUUUUGCAAAGGCAAAAAGUGGUAUCUUUAUUUGCUGUUCUCACUGAACUAAACUUGAAAUUUUUCAUGCAAGUUUUGCAUAAAAUUAGUUAAUGCUUACACAUUGGUCAAUGACUAAUAUAUUUAAUAUAUCGUGUAUGAAUCCAUAUUAAAAAAUUAAUUGUUCAAUCUACAUCCAUUAGUAGUAAAAAAUGUCUUUGUCGAUCUCAAGAAAAGCAAUUCACUACUGAUUUCAUGAGUUUCGCUCUUGCAAUGUAAAUUUUUAAUAAAAAUAUUCAUUUGUGCGGACCCAUCUUAAUCAAGUAUUUAUUACAAACGAAUAAGCAUGUGAUUAAUAGUUUUAUAUUGAAGUCUAAUUAUCGGUAAAAUAUUAUGUAGUAGUGACAAUUUCUUAGAAAAUGAAUUGAUUGAUUUAAACUGACUGGUUGAGACAAAUUAUCUAGCAGUUUUACGUGUGCAACUUGUCUCGUAUAGCCCCAAUUUGAAUUUCCCAGUUCUUCACAGUUAUUCACAGUAAGGUCGGGUGGUAAUUAACGGUAAUUAACGUUAAUUAACACUGUGAAUUACCACCCGGAACCCUGAUAAUAUUGCUAAAAACUAACAUAUAGUUUAGUUACACAAUUAUUACGGGCAAGUAUCAUUAGCAUGCAUAAUUAUUCAAAGGAAAAAAAAUAUAUAAAAAUUGAUGGCGUGAUAGGUAUUAAGUCUGGUAAAAGCAAAAUGCUUACGAGAUCGUUUAUUGUAGCUCCUUUCUCUAUUAGCAUACCUGUAAACUAUGUUUAAGAAAUGGAAAAUUCGGCUAUUCAGACGUCCUACGUUUUAUCUCAAAUUUCAACCAACACCAAUUUGGCCGAUACGGCUUAAUCUAAUCCUCAGCACAAUGGGACACAGCUAUAAAACAGAGCAGUUUAAAAUAAGCCGACCAAACCAUUUUAAAACAAAAACAUAUAUUAUUUUAGUAAAACUGAAAAUGUGGCCCUAUCCAAUUUUUCACCUUCUCGCUACAAUCAUCACAUUAUCACCAUACUCACUAUGUUCAACAAGCAUUUGGAGUGACGUCUUCGCCGAUACCGCCCUCACCAUCAUCUUUACCCCGAACUGUGACAAAUUAUCUGAUCUCGACGCAGACCUGUCUGACUUUCAGCCUGUUUGGUCUCAUAAUUCCUACAGUCCCCUCAGACAAAUCCUUUACUGCAACAAUUUAUCCGGACCGAUCAUUAUCGACGAGACCAUCACUUGGAAAUGGAAUCCUCCCACUGACAAAUCACCCAGACAAAAAUCCUCCUUCGUUCGGAUACACAAUUCCCCACAUGAUAUAAAUAUCGCAAUAUUUCUAAGAUGUGAAUACUUAAUCCUCUUCGCUAACGAGGUAGCCCGACCAGAAUAUAUCUUUGGACAAACAUCUCCCCACCGUGAUGCUGAAUGCUUCAAACGUGCCGCUAAAUUAAUAGGUAGUGCGAAAUUGAUACUGUUCGAAGACAAUUUCACAACACCCCUGCUACUGCCUUGUCUGACAUGCAGUCCCACCGCUUUUUCAAAAUUUAGAGAUCGUCUCAUUGUCCGUCAUCCGUGCCGCUUGGGACGCCCAAAAUAGGAACAUGCACCAGUACUCUGUCCUAGUUUGGGGUUCACCAAACGCAACUUGCGGGCUGCUCUAUUGGCGAAAUGCCAAUGUAAAAAACCAAUACUUCUGUCCUAUAGCAAUAGUUGCGGAAAAGUAUAACCUGACCAUGCAGGAGGACAGCGGAGGUGGAGAGGCUCACUUUUCCUUCCAGAAGAGUUUUGGCAGUUUCUUUUCUAUUCAACUGAAUAAGGUGGGCACGCGAGAUUACAUUCUCAACGUCAAUCUAAGGUCCAUCAACUUCUUAACGGUUACCAACCCGCCCUCUCCGUCCAACGGGGUGGAGACUUUCGUCACUCCGUUCGACCUGGCGACGUGGAUGUGUCUGUUGGUCAUCACACUUUCACUCGCGGGGUUUUUGAAUUUUGCAAUUCGGCAGGAUGAUCAAUGGGUAUCCUCGAUCAACGUGGCAAUUGCUGUAGUGUCCAUUCUGCUCGGACAGGUUUUAGAGACGACAGGAAAGGCGUAUGCAAGCGGAAAAGUUGCUUUGGUCUUGAUCACCUUCUGGCUGUUUGGGAACCUUUUUCUCACAUCAAAUUUGUACCAGGGCUCGAUAUAUUCGUGUUUAGCGGUACUCGUACCACCUCAAACUCCCCGCGGAGUGGAAGACCUCCUCAACUGGGAUGUGCCCAUGGUAGCGAUGGAUACUGUGUAUAGCACUCGUAGCCGGUCAUAUCAAACAUUCCUUAAGUUCUUCAUCAUCCCAGAAUUAAUCACAAGUUAUGUGAAAAAUUCAAAAUUUGUUAAUUUCCUGACCGAAUUUCAAGCCAGGGUUUUAUCGCUCAACAAGGCCGAAUCAGAUAUGAUACAUAAAACUGUUUCUGGAAAUACGAGCCGGACGCACAAAACAAUUGUGCUACUGUUUUUCGAAGAUAAAUUAGAUGACGUCGUGAAACAAAUUAAAAUAUUGGGAAACCGUCGUAGCGUGAAAAACAAGGGUGAUUCUCCAUUCAGGGUAAUACGAUUUCAGGUUGGGUUUGGAAGUUUGUUGGCGCCCUAUUUUGGUAAAGAAUGGGGGCGCAUGUUCACGACAGGAUUAAACCUGAUUUGGAGUAAAGUGCACAGCAUUUCACUAUAUUUUCACGCGAACCGGGGACAGUUGGAAAAACGAAAACGUUUUGUUGCCCUACAAAACUACUUAUGGAAUCAGAAGGACACAAUGACUUUACAUGAGGGAAACUCCAUCUCGAUAGAACUAAUUCGACCUGUUUUUACAAUAUGUGCAGUUUCGUUUGGGCUUGCACUGAUUGGGUUUGUGUUAGAAAAUGGGAAGUUUAUUAUCCGGAGGUUCAAAUCAUGAGUAAAUCUAGUUUACGAAGUGUAUAAGGAUCUGUUGGUUUACGGAUUGGGAAAAGCGGGGAUCCAUUAGUGUUGAUGGAGGAGACGCCGUUUGAAAUUUUACAACCAGCUAAAUACAAUCCUCCAUUGCGAUACUUUCGCAAAGGAGGAUUGUAUUUCUAACCUAAAAAAAUAAUAUGUACAUAAUGCUAAUGCUUGUAAAAAUUACUACUUAAUAAUGGGUAGCGUUAAAAUAUUUUGGUAAUUUAAUAAAAAUUUAAAUGACAUCUAAAUUUAUAUUAAGUUGUUACUUUCAUAAAAAUUGCAUCCUAAAUUAACUACGUCAGCUAUAUCAAAUUUUAAGAAAUAUAAAUAAAUAAUCGAUUUUUCAAUUUUAAAAUUCCCUAACAAAAUGCAUUCCUAACUUUUAAGGAAAUGAAGCCCAUAAUGUUUUGCAUUUAUUUUAUUAUUUCCAAAAAUUUGCGUAAUAUGAUUGAACACUAGAAUCGGUUUGAAAUUGCAUUUAAAGUUUUUCUUAUGAUGGUUCCUCUUGAUAUAUCAAAAUUCUUCAAUUACAAUUUUUAGUUUAUCCAUAUUAAAUAUAAAAUCAAAAUUGGAACCGAAAAGAAAUAAAUAUA